UCUUCGACUUCUGUCUCCAGAGAAUCGCACAGCAUUCCCCAGAGAGAGUUUCAGAGCUUUCUCACGAAUCAUGUGUGGUCACCCAGAGAUUGGAGGCGAACGCAUCCCCUCCCUAAACUGGUAUGAAGGACAAUGACAUCAAGUCUUUCUUGGGCAAAAAAACGGCACUGAGGACCUGGACCUGAACGGCGACAACAACACAACUCCAUUCUGUAAAAACUUGAUCCAGGGUCUGGAAUCCAACCCUCUGUCUCGCAUUGUGUGGCGAGGAAUCAAACCGCUAUUCAUCGGAAAACUGCUCUACACACCAGACACUCCUGCAGUGCAGCAAGUCAUGAAAGAGGUGAACAAGACUUUUGAAGACCUGCAGAUUAUCCUGGAACUGAAUAAUGCCUGGGUUGAAGUUGGGCCACGUAUCAAGAGCUUCAUGGAAACCAGCGUGGAGAUUCAGCUGCUGCAGGAUUUGCUGAAGCGUCCAGAGAUUGCAGUGUUGGUCAACUUGCGUUUGGAAAAUACCCCUUGGACAGCCUCACGCAUUGCUCGUUUCCUGUCAACACCCUCUCCUGACACUCCGAGGAAGCCUGGAGCCCCUCCGACCUGGCUGGACAUCUACAAUGACCUCAAUCACACAAUCACCACUUUGGCACAAAUCACUGAGUGCUUUUCCCUGAAUAAACUAGAAGGACUGGAGUCUGAGGGUCAUCUGGUGAACAGAGCCCUGGAGCUGUUGGAGGACCGGCAGUUCUGGGCUGGUGUGGUUUUCCUGCUGCCCAACACAACCAUGCCUCAGCUGCCUCCCCACGUCAUUUACAAGAUCCGAAUGGACAUUGACGACGUGACCAGAACCAACAAGAUCAAGGACAGGUUUUGGGACCCCGGUCCAGCUGCUGACCCAUUCAAUGAUAUGCGCUACAUUUGGGGGGGCUUCGUCUAUGUUCAGGACCUUGUGGAGAAAGCUGUGACCCGCAUGUUAACUGGAGUUCAGCAGACUACUGGCAUCUACAUCCAACAAAUUCCCUACCCAUGUUAUGUGGACGAUGUUUUUCUUCGAGUGCUGAACCGCUCCCUGCCGCUCUUCAUGACGCUGGCCUGGAUCUAUUCGGUGGCCAUGAUCAUCAAGGGUGUGGUGUACGAGAAGGAGGCGAGGUUGAAGGAAACCAUGAGGAUCAUGGGUCUGGGAACGGGAACACUUUGGUUCAGCUGGUUCAUCAGCAGCAUCGUUCCUUUUCUGAUCUCUGCAGCACUUCUGAUUGCUCUGCUCAAGUGGGGAGACAUCUUGCCGUACAGCGACCCAGCUGUUGUCUUCUUCUUUCUCACUGCCUUCGCCACUGCCACAAUCAUGCAGUGUUUCCUCAUCAGCACCUUCUUCUCAAAGGCAAAUUUGGCGGCCGCCUGUGGCGGGCUCAUCUACUUCAGCCUCUACUUGCCCUAUGUCCUGUGUGUGGCCUGGAGAGACCACCUCAACAGCACACACCGGGUCUUUGCUAGUUUCCUCUCUCCUGUGGCCUUUGGCUUCGGCUGUGAGUAUUUCUCUCAGUAUGAGGAGCAAGGUGUGGGCAUCCAGUGGUACAACCUGCGAUCCAGCCCCAUGGAAGGAGACACGUACAACUUCACUACCUCCAUAGUCAUGCUUUACGCAGACGCCUGCAUCUAUGCCAUCGCAGCCUGGUACAUCGAAGCAGUGUUCCCAGGUGAGUAUGGGAUCCCCAGGCCCUGGUACUUCAUCUUUCAGGUCAACUACUGGGGUGGAGUUCCUCUUGAAGCAGGCAUGCCAAUCCCACCCGCACCUACAGAGCAGGAUGACGAUCACAUCGAACCAGAGCCCAGCAAUUUGAUCCUGGGCGUGAGCAUCCGAAAUCUGGUGAAAAUCUACAAGAAGGGGGCAAAGCUGGCCGUCAACCAUCUCAACCUGAAGUUCUACGAGGGACAGAUCACGUCUUUUCUUGGACACAACGGAGCUGGAAAAACUACCACCAUAUCUGUCCUGACAGGCCUCUUCCCACCCACCUCCGGUACUGUGUACAUCAAGGGGAUGGACAUCCGUCAUGACAUGGACAUCAUCCGAAGGACGCUGGGAGUGUGUCCCCAGCACAAUGUCCUGUUUGACAUUCUGACUGUGGAGGAGCAUGUGUGGUUCUAUGGAUGUCUGAAGGGUCUGUCUGAGGAAGAGGUUAAUGAAGAACUGGACACUCUGCUGGAGGAUGUUGGCCUCCUGCACAAGCGUCAUGAACAGACCAAAAACCUCUCUGGAGGGAUGCAGAGGAAGCUGUCUGUGGCAAUAGCAUUUGUUGGAGGUUCAAAGGUGGUUGUCCUGGAUGAACCCACCGCUGGCGUUGACCCCUAUUCACGCAGAGGAAUCUGGGACCUACUGCUUAAAUACCGCAAAGACCGGACCAUCAUCCUCUCCACCCACUACAUGGAUGAAGCAGAGCUGUUGGGUGACCGCAUCGCGAUCAUCUCUCAGGGAAAGCUCUGCUGCUGCGGUUCUCCGCUCUUCCUGAAGUCCAAGCUGGGCUCUGGCUACUACCUCACUGUGGUGAAGAGGGAAGGUCUGGAGACUGGCACUCCCAGCAAUUCCAGUAUCUGCACCAGUACCAGCGUCAGCACCAACAAGCUUCCUCCUCUCGUCAAGGACAGUGAGUCAUCCUUGAGUGAAGACACUGGGCUGGGCAGUGAGGAAAGCAGCUCGAACCUGGCAGCUUUGAUGUCCAUGGCUCAGCACUACAUGCCAGGAGCAAAGCUAGUGGAAGAGUCCAGACGUGAGGCGAUGAUCAACCUUCCCCAGACAGCCGCCAAGGACAGCAGCCUCGCUGUCUUCCUGUCAGAAUUGGAUCAGAAGCUGGGCGAGCUGGGCGUCAGUAGCUAUGGCCUUUCAGAUAGUACACUGGAGGAGAUCUUUCUGCGAGUGGCAGAGGAAAAGCCUGCGGACGCUGAACCAGAGCUGCAGGCCGAAUCCAACCACAGUCAGCCGUCAGAAGGGCAGACAGCUGAGAAUCCUGCUGAAGAGGAAGGUGAGGCAGAGCCUCUGGAGACAGACCUGCUGAGCGGAGAUGGCCGAGGUGGAGUUCCUCUGACCGGCUGGUGGUUGACGUGGCAGCAGCUCAGAGCUCUCUUCAUCAAACGUUGGCUUUAUGCUCGGAGGAGCCGCAGAGGACUCUUCGCCCAGAUUGUUCUGCCUGCUAUGUUCGUGCUUAUCGCGCUGCUCUUCAGCCUCAUCGUUCCUCCCUUUGGGAAGUAUCCUGCCUUGGAGCUGCAGCCUUGGAUGUAUGGAGAGCAGUACACCUUCUUCAGCAAUGAUGCUCCUGGGAACCCAGCCAUGGAGAACCUGCUGGAGGCUCUGCUGGAUCAGCCAGGUUUUGGGACCAAGUGCAUGGAAAGAGAGGAGGACAACAGCACGGGUUCUCAGUGUGAAGCUGAGCGUGGUGGGCUCUUCAUGAGGCCUCAGGUCCCCUACUCCACCUGGCAGAUGUUCAGCAGAGGAAACUGGAGCAGAAGCAGCCCUUCACCUGACUGUGAGUGCAGCACCGAGGAUGUCCGCCGGAUGCUCCCUGAGUGUCCGGUGGGAGCUGGUGGGCUUCCUCCGCCACAGAUGAAAAGAGCAACUGGAGACAUCCUCCAGAAUUUGACAAAUUAUAAUAUCUCUGACUAUCUGGUGAAGACCUACUCUCAAAUCCUCAAGAAAAGCCUGAAAACCAAGAAAUGGGUGAAUGAAUUCAGAUAUGGAGGCUUCUCCAUCGGUGGCAGCGCCACUCAGACCGUAUCCCAAGUCCACCACAUGCAGGACUCAGUUAUGGCAAUCAGGACUCGAUACCAGGUCCCACAGAACUCGUCAGUGGACCAUCUGCUGAACCGACUUCCACAGUUUCUCAGUGGAUUGAACAGUCAAAACAAUGUUAAGGUUUGGUACAACAAUAAAGGGUGGCACGCCAUGGUGUCGUUUGUUAAUGUGAUGAACAACGGCCUCCUGAGAGCGAGUCUGCCUCCAGGACCAGAGAGGAGAAGAUAUGGCAUCACUGCCUACAAUCAUCCGCUCAACCUCACCAAGGAGCAGCUCACCGAAAUGGCCAUGAUGACUACAUCAGUGGAUGUUCUGGUUUCUAUCUGCGUGAUCUUUGCGAUGUCCUUUGUGCCGGCCAGUUUUGUGCUUUUUCUGAUUGAGGAGCGCGUCAGUAAAGCCAAACACCUGCAGUUUGUCAGCGGGGUCAAACCGAUCCUCUACUGGCUCGCCAACUUUGUCUGGGACAUGUUGAACUACACAGUCCCAGCCACCAUGGUGGUGCUGAUCUUCAUCAGUUUUCAGCAACAGUCGUACGUCUCCGAGACCAACCUGCCCGCUCUUGUUCUCCUCCUCCUGCUUUAUGGGUGGUCCAUAACCCCUAUGAUGUACCCAGCAUCAUUUGUUUUCACCGUUCCGAGCACAGCCUAUGUGGUGCUGACCUCCAUCAACCUCUUCAUUGGAAUCAAUGGCAGCAUUGCCACCUUCGUCCUGGAGCUGUUUGUUGAUGAGCAUCUCAACGAAGUGAACAGGAUCCUGAAGAAGGUGUUCUUGAUUUUCCCUCAUUUCUGCCUCGGACGAGGACUCAUUGAUAUGGCGAAGAACCAGGCGAUGGCAGACGCCUUCCAAAGAUUAGGUACCAAACAGACGCUGGACCCUCUUCAGUGGGAUUUUGUAGGAAAGAACCUGUUUGCAAUGGCUGCUGAAGGACUUGUUUUCUUCAUCUUCACUAUACUUCUGCAGUACAAGUUCUUUAUACGUUUCAGGCCAUGGAAUGAACCUGAGAUUCCUCCUCUUGGACCAGAGGAUGAAGACGUGGCCAGGGAGCGAGAGAGAGUCAAAAGUGGCAAAGCGCAGUCGGACAUCCUCUCUAUGAUCGACCUGAGCAAGGUUUAUAAGGCAGGCAAAAAGCCAGCAGUGGACCGUCUCUGCCUAGGGAUUCCCCGCAGUGAGUGUUUCGGCCUUCUCGGGGUGAACGGAGCAGGGAAAACAUCGACAUUUCGCAUGCUGACUGGAGACACCACUAUCACACAUGGAGAAGCCUUUCUCAACCACUACAGCGUGCCACGAGAGAUGGAGCGUGUCCACCAGCUGAUGGGCUACUGUCCACAGUUUGAUGCCAUCAGCGACCUGCUGACGGGUCGGGAGCAUCUGGAGCUGUAUGCCCGCCUGCGCGGCGUGCCAGAAGAAUCUGUUCGCAAGGUUGCACAGUGGGGGGUGAAGAAACUGGGCCUUACCCAAUAUGCAGAGCAGGAGGCUGGAGGCUACAGUGGUGGCAACAAAAGGAAGCUGUCCACGGCCAUCUCCCUCAUCGGGGCCCCGCCGGUUAUUUUCCUGGAUGAACCCACCACUGGGAUGGAUCCAAAAGCCAAGAGGUUUUUGUGGAACUGCAUCCUCAGUGUCACCAAAGAGGGGAGGGCCGUGGUUCUCACCUCCCACAGUAUGGAGGAAUGUGAGGCUCUCUGCACCAGGAUGGCCAUCAUGGUCAACGGCAGGUUUCAGUGUCUCGGAUCUGUGCAGCACCUGAAAAAUCGGUUUGGUGACGGAUACACCAUCAUCCUCCGGCUGGCAGACACUAAAAUCGACCCAGAGUCGUGUCCGGUCAGCCUCUACAUGAAGACGUCGUUUCCCAGCAUCGACCUGAAGGAGCAGCACCAGAACGUGCUGCAGUACCAGCUGCCCUCACAUGCCUGCUGUCUGGCUCGCAUUUUUGACCUGCUGGCCAACAACUACGAGGAGCUGGGCAUCGUCGACUUCUCCGUCUCGCAGACCACCCUGGACCAGGUGUUUGUCAACUUUGCAAAAGAGCAGACCGAUGACGACCAUCUUACAGACGUGGUCGUCGGCAACGGGACAGCACAGGCCAACACAGCGUCCCAAAUUACUCCUCCAGUCAUCCACCCGCACCCACCAGUCACUCCUCCUCAGCUGGCCAGGAGUCCGCAGCUGCCCCGGAAAUCGCCUGAAACAAGCAAAGCAGGUAAAUCCAAGAAGGCCAAAGCUAACAAAGAAAAAAGCAACAGCAUGGCAAUGAGCAGACUGCCACAGCCUGAAGAAACAUCCCAGGAGGCGCCGGAGACGAGCCGCAGGGCCAGCACCGAGUCCAGCAGCAGCGCCGGCGGUGUUCAGGCAGGGACCAGCCGACCUCGCAGGUCCAAACAGAGAGCCGACAGCUCCAGCAAAGAUCCCUCUGCGCUGUUUAUAGUCGGCAACAGCUCGCAGGACAGCGCACUGUGA